AUAAUCGUAAGGGCCACCCAAUUUCUCUCUGUGUCUUUGUCCCUUCCCCUCCUCCAUCCCCCAAGGGCUGCCAGGGAAGGGACAGAAUGCUCUUGCUGACAGUCUGAACCGUUCACUUACAGAGGGCUUUCGAAAUUAGGUUGCAGACCGCAGGGUUCCCACCUCUGGAGCCACAUACUUGUUUGAGUGCAGUGUGAUUCCUCUGGCACUUUGAAUACGCCCUUUAGUUGAGCCACACAAUGCUCUGGGUUCCACGACUGCAAAGAGGGCAUUGUGAUCUCUGCGGCAGGAGAACAGAACCCACGUUUUUGCAUUGUUGUGCACUGAAACUGGCUGCAUUCCACCUCUUUGGGGCAGGAAAGAAACAUGAGACCGAUGUGAAACUUCUUGCUUUAUUUGGCUACUGAACCAGUGGCCUCUCGUAUUCACCAUUACGUGAUUUGAGAUAGUGCCAUAGAAAGCAAUUCAGGAAGUUAAUGUUAUCUCCUGGUGGAUUAUACUAUGUUACAAUAUGUUUUUGGUAACAACUUCCCUCCUUCAUCUCUGAGGCCGGCAAGGAGUCCAUUGUUUUGAUUUCCUCUGUUUCAGAAUGGUGAAAAGUGCUUUACGCUCCAAGGAUGAAAUAACAUCCUAAAUGGUUUGGAGGCUGCAGUCUUUCAAGGGUUGCCUCGCCUUCUGCAUGUGCCUGUCCCACCCAGUGUGGUAGAUGCUCCAAAAACUUUGAGGUGUGGCGAUCAGAACCAUAUACAGUAUUCCAAGUGUAUCCACUAAUUGCUGGACAGAUUACUGCUGUGUCAUUGAAAUGCUGCCCAAACUGACAAGCCUGUUGAAAGGGAGAGUCAACUCAGCUCCUACCCAAAGAAAUGGCUCCUUUUUCCUUCCUGAGAACACCUGCUGGGAUCAAGAUGACGACAGCUGCGCCCUUGUCUGAGGAUUCUGUGUCUUCAACAGAUGCAGCCACAAAGUCUCAAGAACAAAUUCUCUAUCAGAGUUCUGGAGCGAUUGUGGCGGCCAUUGUAGUUGGCAUCAUAGUUAUAUUCACGGCAGUUCUCCUCUCGCUGAAAAUGUAUAAUAGACGCAUGAGGACAAAGCGGGAGCUGGAACCGAAGAACGCCAAAGCCACAACCCCUUCCACGCUGGGGCAGGACACCAGUAGUCCCAGUCGCACCACAACAGUGACGUUCGUCCCCAUGGACAUCCAAAUGCCCAACAGAAGGCCCUGAGGCAUGAGUGCCACAGAGGAUGACAAAUCAGACCCAAACAUGGGCCUUACAGGCUCUGGUAAGACCUGUGAUUUGUCAACAUAAAGGAAGUUAAAGACUGGAGCUGCUAACUGGAGUUGCACUGUGACCAGCUCUCCAUGUUUCUGUUUCUUUAAGAAAGGAAAAGACCGAGAUCCUCAGGACAAUGGAUGUCACCCAGUUGCAAGAGUGGCGUCUUGUCUCUACAGCUGUGGAUACAUAAGGGUAGUUGUUGGCAAGGCUGCCCCCGUAGUUGGAUCGAGAGAUGCCCUUCCACCGUUUUCUGCUGCUUCACAUUAGGCUCCCCAUGGCCAUGGAUUCUGAGCGGUCCUUUGCUGGUUGGAGAUUCUGAAGAGGCAAAGGGGACUCCCAUCCACCCAAGGCCGUCCAUACUGUUAGGCGGAGUGAAGUGGCUGCCUUAGGCGGCAGGUGCUGAGGGAUGUGGAGUGGGAGCAAGGUAUUCGAGGGCAGAGCUGUGACACAAAACACAGCCUUCGCAGCAUCCCCCAAACUAGCCUGCUCCUCGCAGGUGCUAGUGUCAGGAAUUUAAGGUAGGGUAGGAGGAAAUGGCCUUCUCCUGUUCGUUUCCCAUGAGAAUGAUGCAGGGAGCUGUGGUAAAUCAGUUUUCAAAGCCUCCUCGUGCCCCAAAUUAAAGAGAAGUUUAUACCUUCAGUGGCAUCGCUCCACUUCAGAUUGAGUGCUAGGAAGAUGCUUGGCUGACUCUUUUCCUGUGUUCAAGGAGCUGUGCUUUGUCUUUUUCCCCCUUGUAUGGGGAGCAUUUGAACAUUUGACCUCUUACAAGGAGAAGAGAAAAGGCCACCUAAUUGAUCAGGGUAGCUGGAGCAACUCUCCUGUGAGGAAGUUAGCAUGCUUGGGGCUUAAAUACUUUAGUGGGGGCAAAGGCAAUGUAGGCCAUUAUAGAGGUAUUUAAAUUAUGCAUAGUGUGGAGAAAGAGAAGUUUUAUUUCCUCUCUCCUAACACUUGAACCUGGGGGCAUCUAAUGAUGCUGAAAGGUGGGAGAUUUAGCACAGAUAAGAUGACAGACUUCUACGUACAAUGCAGUUAAAUUCUGGAAUUCAUUACCACGACAUCUGGUGAUAGCCACCAAUUUCGACAGCCUUAAAAAGGGAUUAGGUAAAUUAAUGGAGGAUCAUAGAAUCAUAGUGUUGGAAGGGGACCCAAGUGUCAUCUAGUCUAACCCCCUGCAAUGCAGGAAUCUCAUGCCUGUUAGUUUCCCCUUUUUAGUCUCCAUGUUGCCCUAGUAGAACUCAGCAAGAACAAGGAUGGGGACAAAACGAGAAUUGAUUGGCUUUGCCUGUGACUGGCUCUGGCUCCAGCUACUGUUGGCAUCCCUGCUUUCAAUGGGCACCAGCCACCACUGGAUCUGCGGUCAGGAUAGGGUAGAAUUUGAUUCAGUUAGCCCAGGCUUCCUCAACCUUGGCCCUCCAGGUGUUUUUUUGGCCUACAACUCCCAUGAUCCCUAGCUAGCAGGACCAGUGGUCAGGGAUGAUGGGAAUUGUAGUCUCAAAGCAUCUGGAGGGUUGAGGUUGAGGAAGCCUAAAGGCAAACCCACCUAAUUUGUAUUUUCUAAAAUACAAGAACCAAAACACAGCCAACCUUCAAAAUUCUAUGAAUUUUGUAGUGCAGCUCUGCAGCUGUGUACUGUGCAUAAUAAUUCAUUUAUUGGGGUAAAGUGUGCAUAAAAUGUGUAUGCUAGUGAGAAUAACAUACAAAAAUGCAUUAGAGCAUUUGUGUAUAUUGGGUAAAAUUGCAUACAGACGGGCAUAUUAGGAGAAAUUCACACAAUAAUGCUGAUGGAUUUUCAUGAGGCCUUUACAAAAGAAAAAUAUAACCAGAUGUGGAAAACGGAAUUUAAGAUUGGAAAAAUAAAAACCAAGAGAAAUUAAAAUCGACAGAUUCACCCAUCCCUAAUCUGAGAUGGUUGUGUGAGCUGAACACAAUUCAGCAUGCUUUAGGCUGCAGUCACUUCCUAGGAUAUGACACCUCUUGAUCUACACAAGGUUUACUUCUGAGUAGACAUGUGUAGGCUUACACUGCAAACAUAUUUUACCAUUCACGUGUCCAUAAAUUAUGUGAUUUGUGACCCACCUAAAAAAGGAGCAUGCCACAUCCUUCUGCUGAAAUUCUAAAAUAAAGAGAAUCUCAGAAGUAAAA